UCGCCUUUCUCAGUGUGUCUGGAGGUUUUGAGGAAGCUGGUCAGCCAAUUAUUAAAUGCAGCGUCUGUCUGGACUGUAUUAUAGGUUACUGGGAAUAUUCGGAGUCGGCAGGGGACCACAGCGGUUCUGAGUGCAGAUUAAAGAGACAUUGACAGACAUGGACGCUGUUGACUCGACAUCUCAGAGCAACAUGGGGCCUGGCUCUGUCCUCUGUGACGUGUGUCCUGGGCCAGAACUGAGCGCCGUGAAGACCUGCCUGACCUGCAUGGCCUCUUAUUGUGAGACUCACCUCCAACCUCACAGGGUCUCUGAAGCGCUGAGGACACACAAUCUGAAGGAGCCGAUUAGAAACCUCAACGAGAGAAUCUGCACAAGACAUCAGAGAGUUCUGGAAAUCUUCUGUAGGACCGAUGAGACCUGCAUCUGCUCAAUGUGUGCAGCGACUGAACAUAGGAGCCAUGACAUUGUGACACCUGAGGAGGAGAGAGAGGAGCGACAGGAUGACCUGGAAAACACAAAGGCUGAAAUGAGAAGGAGAAUUGAGGAGACACAGAACAAACUGGUGGAGAUGGAUGAGAAAGCAGAGAGGAUUAGGAGCACUGUGAAGACAGAAGUGAGCGACCUCUCAGAGACUUUUGAUUCUAUUCUGAUUCUGUGGUCAGUGGGCCUUGAUCUGAUUAGAGAUCACGAGGACAGGGAACUGCGCAAGGCUGAACAGCUCAUGAUGCAACUGGAAAAGGAGAUCAGAAAGCUGAGGAGGACACACGCUGAGCUGGAUGAGCUUUCAGAGACAGACGAUCACAUCCACUUCCUCCAGAUGUACUCAUCUGUCAGUCUACCCCCUGAAGAUCAGGACUCACCCGAGGCCUCUGUUAAUGAACUUGUCCUUCCAGAGACUCUGAGGAUGAACCUGUCUGAUCUGAAGAGGAAACUCCGGGAGAUCAGUGGGUGGGAAUUUGUGCCGAGCUAUGAGGCUGAUGUCAAUACUUCUGGAAGCAGCCCACAGGAUCUGAGCAGUAGAAAUGGACUUGAAGAAUACUUCUGUCCGCUCACCUUUGACCCCAACACAGCAAACGCGUGGCUUCACCUGUCGGAGAGGAACAAGAAAGUGAUAUCUCGGGGGAUAGUGUCCCCAUGUCCUGAUCAUCCCGACAGGUUCGACUGGUGGUUCCAAGUUCUGUGUCAAGAGGCGCUGAGUGGGACUCGCUGUUACUGGGAGGUCAACUGGAGCGGAGAAGGGGCAGCGAUGGGAGUCACUUAUAAAGGAAUCAGAAGGCAAGGAAAUGGCUAUGAGUGCCGCCUUGGCUUCAAUGACCAGUCCUGGAUUUUGUCCUGCUCUCAUCUCAGUUGCUCUGUGUGGCACAAUGAGACAAAGACAGAAAUUAGUGUCCCCUCCAGUCAAAGAAUAGGCCUGCAUCUCGACUACACCGCUGGCUCUCUGUCCUUUUAUAGCGUCUCAGACACAAUGACCCUCAUCCACAGGUUCAACGCCACCUUCACUGAGCCCCUCUAUGCUGGGUUUUGGGUUGGACAGCGCUCCAGUGUGACAAUCUGCCCUCUGUAACCAUCUAGCCUGUGACUGGUGCCAUUGGCAGGUCACUUGUUGUCUUCUUUCAUGUAUUGGAGUUCACUUUUUAUUUCAUUCUUAAAUAUCUAAGAAGCCCCCUGCCACUGGGUAUUGUGCCAUUGAUGCUCUCUGAGUCAUCAUUCUGUGCGGUCAUCAGCGUUAAAACAAUGAGAGCAGAUGGCUGUGAGCCGACAUCCACUGAGAGGACAUUAGGCGUCCCCCUUCAAGGUCCCGAAACGCUUCUUAGUUGAGCUUCUUUCAUUUCAGUGUGGCUCAGUGAUUAGCAUGGUGGCCUCACAGCUCUAUUUAAAUAAAGUUCAAAUCCCAGUCUGGUUGAUAUCUGUGGAAUUUCUAUGCUUUCUCAAUCCUUAAUGUUUUUAUCCCAAGCCCCUUGUGGUAAUCCGCGACUCCCAAACUUAAGUUGAAGAAGCCUUGAAUUUGAAGCAGCGGUAUUUAUAAGGUCGUAAGGAAGUGCGCUUAUCGUUUGUGUGUCGAGCGCACUGCCGCGGGAACGCGGGCCCGUCUAGUGGGUAAGCGCUGUGCGUGAGGCGCGGUGUGUCUGGACCCACGUGGAGCCGCUAUAAUGGCCGGUACGGGCUCCACCGCACGUGUUCAUUUUUACACGCUGGUGUCCUCGCGGCCUUUGUUUGUAUAAACAGGAGUGAGUCCGAGAUUGUAUUGUAAAGAAGUGAUAUGACUUACUGGUGAGUUGGCAAUGGGUGUGCUUGAGCUCAGCAUAGUCGUUGGCCGUCCCGGGGGACUUACACGCGCGACCGACAGGGGUUCGAGUUUAAAUACAUAGUUGCUUGGGGCGUGAACGCGCUGCCGUCUAACAUUGAUGUUGUUUAUUCAACGUACAUUUUCUCUUUCAAGCAACUUAAGUUUAGUCAUUUAG